CAUGAUACACGUUUGGUACGUUUCGCAGUGACAAAAUCUCCUAAUUAACAAUAAAAAUUCACUCACAAAAUGACAAGCAAAGUGAAAACGCCUAAGACGAAGGAAAGCGCUGCGGAAGAUGCGCCGGUGGCUCUGAGGAAGAGGCCCUUCAAGAGACACGGACGUCUGUACGCGAAGGCUAUUUUCACCGGUUAUAAACGUGGAUUGCGCAAUCAACAUGAACAUACCGCACUGCUCAAAAUUGAAGGAGCUGGUACUAAAGCAGACUCUGAUUUCUACGUAGGAAAACGAUGUGUCUAUGUAUAUAAGGCUAAAAACAAGACUCCAGUACCUGGAAAGACCACAAAAAAAACAAAGGUUAGAGCUAUCUGGGGCAAAGUCACUCGUCCCCAUGGAGCAAGUGGAUCGGUACGUGCAAAAUUUAAGAGAAAUCUACCAGCCAAGGCUAUGGGUCAUCGUAUCAGAAUUAUGCUGUAUCCCAGUCGGAUAUAAAUUCAUAUUCUUGUAUAAUAUAAGGAAAUAAAUACCAUUUUGGUACUAAAAUAAA